GCAACUGAGGAAGAGGUAAGCCCUUCCUUUGAACAGGUGUAUGAAGCCGCGAAACAAGCUGCCAUUCAUGGAUCAAGUUUCCAAAUCAAUACGAAACCAUGGGACUAAAGGUAUUCAAAGCUCUUCACUUCCGUCUAGCUUUGCAGCUGAGUGGAGGAGAGAAGCAAAGAGUAGCGCUGGCAAGAGCAUUCCUCAAAUCCGUCCGUGACAAUCUUGUUGUGAUGAAGCAACGAGAUCUCUAGACUCUAAAUUCUCUUAUUCAGAAGAGUUUGGAGGCGCGGGACGAAAGUGAUCUGGAGCAGAUCAAUAGUAGCUGUCCAAGGUUCGCAGCCAUGGAUUUUUUGAGCAGGAGAUGGGAGCUGCUCGCCUAACUAAGAACGAAGAAGCGCAUUAGAUGUUCUUUGAAUAUCCUUCUUAGUCAUAAGAUGCUCUUUGAAUAUGCUUCUUUUGACUAGGAUUGACUACGAACGGAGCCAUCUCCUCGAUCUUCUCCAGUCAUGCCGCUCCAUCCCGGCGGCCCACGAAAUUCGCAGCCGGAUCCAAUCCACGCUCGGGGCUGCCGAUGUCUUCGUGCAAAACAAGCUGAUCGAGCUCUAUGGCCGCGUUGGAAGCCCCCUCCACGCGCAGGAGGUGUUCGAUGCCAUCGCCCACAAGAACUCCCUCUCGUGGGUCAUGCUUCUCAACGCUUACUGUCGCAACAGGCAGCUAGAUCGAACAAACCAGGUUUUUCGUUCGAUGCCGCACAGAGAUUUAAUCUCGUGGACUUGUCUCCUUACUGCACUUGCCCAAAACGGGCAUUUGAUUAAAGCCCAACAAGUGUUUGAUCAAAUGCCGAUGAGGGAUUUGGUCUGCUGGAACUCAAUGCUCGUUGCGUACGGAAGAAGCGGAAGAAUAGAAGAGGCCGUAAAGGUUUUCGAGGAUAUGCCCGAGAAAGAUCUUAUUACGUGGACUUCUGUACUUACUGCUUAUGCCCAUUUUGGGCAUUUGGAAAAGUCACAGGAUAUCUUUGAGCGAAUGCCGCAGAGAAAUCUGUUCUCGUGGAAUGCUAUGUUAGCGCUCUACGGUGUUAAAGGUUUAAUGGAGAAAGCAAAUAGAUUGUUCCAGGAAAUGCCCGAGUGGAAUUCUGUCUCUUGGACGACGAUGCUAGACGGAUAUUCGCAAAACGGGUAUCUUGGAAGAUCUAAACUCGUGUUUGAUUCCAUGCCGGAGCGGAAUUUGAUCUCAUGGGGCUGCAUGCUAGCUGCAUAUGCACAUAACGGGCACUUAAUGGACGCCAAGAGAGUAUUUGACACCAUGCCAGAGCACAACCUUGUCUGUUUUAAUGCCAUACUAACAGCAUUUGCCCAAAAUGGCCAUCUUGCAAAAGCUAAGCAUGCCUUUGAUACAAUGCCGGAGACAAAUGUGGUAACGUGGAAUGCGAUGCUGACGGCGUAUUCGGAUAAUGGUCGAGUAGAACAAGCAAAAGUUAUGUUUGAUUCUAUGCCGUACAGGAAUCUCGUGUCAUGGACAUGCAUGCUGGCCAUGCACGCCCAGUACGGGCAGGUGACGGAGGCCAGACGUACAUUUGACACGCUCCCGGAGAGAACCAUCAACGUGACUGACGCUUUGCUAACGGUUUAUGCGCACAACGGACGCAUCGAGGACUCGAAGAUUCUAUUUGAUGGAAUGCCCCACUGGGACAUGCUAGCAUACUCGACAAUGCUCUCGGCAUUUGCCCAAAACGGGCAUGUGGAAGAUGCCAAGAAUCUCUAUGACUCAAUGCCGGAGAAGCACUUGGUCUCAAAGACCUCGAUGCUUGCGAUGUAUGCCCAACAUGGGUCAAUAAACGAGGCACAGUCCAUGUUUGAUAGUAUGGCUUUUCAAGACAUUGUGGCAUGGAAUUCUAUGUUGGCAGCUUACACUCAGCACGGCUAUGUGGAUCAAGCCAAAACCAUUUUUGAUAUAAUGCCUGAGAGAGAUGCGGUAUCAUGGAGCACAAUGCUAGCAGCAUAUGCCCGUAAAGGGCAUCUCCCCCAAGCAAAAAAGUUCUUUAGCACAAUCCCAGAACCCAGCUUUGUCUCGUGGAAUGCCUUGCUCACUGCCUACUACCAAAACUCCGUCCCAUCUGGUGUCUUUGAAAGUUUUGACAUGCUCAAGAUGGUGGAUGGCUCUCUCAGCGGGAUUUGCUUCGUGCUGGUUUUGGUCGCUUGCAGCCAUGGAGGCAAGCUGGUCGAGGCUGGCCAAAGAUUCGUCUCCAUGAGAUUGGACUACGCGUUUGAGCCGGCCAAGCAACACUACGCUUGCAUGGUUGACGUGCUUGGGCGAGCUGGAAGGCUGGAAGAUGCUCGAGAGCUUGUUCACGCAAUGCCGUUUGUGGCCAAUGGGUUCGAAUGGGUGACUUUGCUGGGCUCUUGCAGAAGUAAUGACGACUUCAAGCAGGGAGCUCGUGUUGCAAAAGCCAUGAUGGAUGCCAAUCCGGCAUCUGGUGCAGCUUACAUCCUCUUGGCCAACUUGUAUGAUUCAAGAGCACCUAACAAACUUGCCACAAGUCCUUGAUCUUGUAGAUUUUGAUUUUUCAGGUCUGCCAACCAACACCACGACUUAGAGUUACGAUCUUAAGCUUCUAGGAAGCUCCUCGUAGAUAAGUUUCCAUAUCCAUGCUAUGUUGGGCGAUUUUUCAAGCUGAAGUGGUUAAUAUUGGAAUAAGAUCACAUUCAAUCAUAUUUUUUGGAAUC